UCUCAAAAGUGUUCCUGUCUUUUCGAACAAUGUUGAAAAUUGUUGGUGUAUUAAUUGCCAGCAUAACUGCAGUCCUCGCCGUGUCCUCCACAGUGGGAUCCCAUGCCGACUAUUUGGCCACUUGUAAUUCCACAUCAAUAUGUCCCAACCAUGAAGUGUUUUGUUCCGAAGGGGUCUGCCGUUGUCCGCCCAACAAGGCCCCUGUGAUGAUUCGAUGGGACCUCCAUUGCCGAGAUAUCGUGCAAAUCAAACGGAUUUCUACCAUUGAAGACCAUCCCUGGGUAAUUUCGAACGCGUCGUGCCUCUCUUCUAAGAAGGCGGUGGCCAAGUCGUCCUGCCGCCACAGUCCCUGCUAUUCCGGGAUCUUGGUCGACCCCUUGCGCAGUGCGGACGAGGGCGGAAAGUUUCUGGACAAUUGCACAAUCACGGAGGCCACUUCGGUUGGGCAGUUUAAAUCCGGAACUUGGACGAAUAACUCGGUCAUGCAUCACCUAGCGGGAAACAAAACUGAUCUUGGACUUGCCAUUUUCAACGAACCCACCUUAUCGCCACAUGUUAGGGCGGCCAUCCAUUUCGAAUCCAUCCUGGUGGGAAACUAUAGAAACCAGGUGGCUUUAGGGAUCGGAUUUCCCAAGUCGUUUGAUCAAGAGCGAGUUCACGAGUUGGGCGAUAGACUCCUGCAAGUGAGCGAUCACGGACGAGCGUGAGAGAUCUUUGAUAAAUAUUUCCUUCAGGAUGGGCUCACUCUGUGGAAAAAGGAGAAACAGUUGACGAAUUUUACGCCCAGACGGGUAGUUUAUUGGUUGUAGUUUAGUGGGAAAAUGCUGUCAAUGUGGGAAUUUUCCUUAAUUGAGAAAAGUUCGCAGAAAUGUCUAAAAAAUAAAGAAGUUUAAUAGA